AUGAUAUUGAAAACCAUUAAGAGCUUAUCGGUGGAUGUGAGUGUUGGAUGCCUACAUGAGCUUCCAUAUAGGUCUUGUGAAUUAAGUCGGACCUUCUCGCGCCCAAAUUUACGAAAAUUUCUCCCUCAAUCGGGUUUGGCGUCUGGAAUGGCGGAAGAAGCUCCGUCGAGUCCAGGCGGGAGCGGGAGCCACGAGAAAGGGGGUGCGGGUGGGGAUCGGAGCCCUCGGUCGCCGUCGGCGAACGUUCUGGGGCUGGACGAGGACUUGUUCUUGCCGAUUGCGAAUGUCCGUCGGAUCAUAAAGAAGGGGAAGGUGUUACCCCGUGAUGCGAAGAUUGCUAAGGAUACUAAACAGACUUAUCUCGAGUGUGUUUCUGUGUUCAUCAGCUUUAUCACCAGCGAGGCAAGUGACAAGUGUCGAAAGGACAAGAGGCAAACCCUUAAUGGUGAUGAUCUGAUAUGGGCAAUGAACAGACUAGGGUUUCAAGAUUAUGUUAAUCCACUUAAGGCAUACCUUAACAGAUACAGACAAGUAACUCAGAUUGAGGGUGAGUACAUAAGAUCUAUAAAAGAUCAUGAUUUACAAUCACACAGCUGCAAGGCACAGAAUAGCAGCCAGCUUUUUGGAUGACAUUCUUUUUGUCUCGUUCUCGAGUUUGUUUGUUGUAGAGUAUAUAUAAUUUAAUUAUAUGUAAUAUAAUGAGGUUUUUCAUUUAUACCUUAAGAUAUUUAUAGCAUGUGAUAUCAAUGAGAAAACACAUGGUUUA